CGGGCUAAGGAAUAGUGCUGUGAGGGCAGGGGGCGUUGGUGGUGGUGGUGGUGACGCUAGGGAGGCAGGGAUUGGUGUUACAUUGCUUUGGUGGGCACUGGUCAGUCUUGCCACACACUCUCCUAAUAGUGAUCAGUGCAUAUUCCUGGCGGUGGUGGUGGUGUGAUUACAUUGUUUUGGCAGGGGCGCUGGGGAAGGAGGGAUUGGUGUUACAUUGUUUUAGUCAGCACUGGCCAGUCUUGCCACACACUCUCUUAAUAGCGAUCAGUGUUUGCAUAUUCCCGGCAGCUUCUUCCUCCAUCAAGCAGCACCAGAGACACAGCUACUUAAGGUCCCAUUCUCGUUUGUCCUGGAGUGGCGGCGACAGACGACACAAGGCGCCGCUAUUGUUUUUAUACAAACAGCUGGUGCGCGCGCGCACACACGCACGCACCGCAUGGAGGUAGGGGAGGAAUGUAACUGCCUUAGACAUCAAGUAUCUGCCAAAUAUCACUGUUUGAAGGACCACAGCUGAGAUGGAGGACGAGGAAGACGAGGAGGUGGUGUUUGAGGGCAGUGCGAUCCACCAGCACCUCCUGGAUGUUGGCUACACUGACUUUGAGCAGAGCACGUACACACCACCGCCCUGCCCAGAGGAGGCACCCGAUGGCGGCUCCUCAGACUCUCAGGCCAGGAGUGGGUGGCUGGAGGCAGGACGUGGCUGGUGCACAAGGCUCCCACUUCGCCUGUUUGGAGUGGCACCAGCUGUACAGUCUUAUGUGUACAUGACAGUAGCUAGGGCAGUGUCCAGGAGCAGGCUGGUGAAUGAGGAUGACUGGCUGGUCCUGGAGCACUUCCUUCCCAGGGGUGAGGAACUGCAGGCCUCAGCCAACACUGACCUCCCUUGGCCCACUGCGGUCUUGAAGUGCAGAGAUGUAGCAGUGAUGGUUGUGUGCCUUUUGCUGCUGUGGAUUGGAACUGAGGAUCUGUAUUUCCAGCUCAGCCUUCUUGUUGUUGCUCUGACUACCUGUGGCUUGUACUGCAUGUAUUGGCUGCAGAAGAUGGCAAGUUUGGAACAGUUUAUAUCAAGCUUGAAGGAAAUGAACAACCUCACCUCCAAGACUGUGCGCUUGCUGCAGGAGAUGGACCUAAUAGGCAAGGGUUUUGUGCUGGCUCAGGGACCAGGAGCACCCAUGGCCUCACUGUAUGAGGAGUCCCCACAUAUGUCCUGCCUGAGUGAGGCUCUCCUGUGCACUGUGACGGCAGCAGCCAAAGUCCUCGUCUCAGCUCACACUGCCCUGGAGCCGGGCGUCCCGCACUACCCAGUCAUCAGACACCUCUUUGAUGAGCCGCCCAGCCUGGAACAAAACUGUACACUCACUCAACAAUUGCAGUAUAUGAAGAGUCGAGUCACUGUGAUAAAGCUUCAGACCUCUGCCGUGCUGACUGAGUUGCUGCUGUGGCUGCACGGAUCAGAGGGAGAUUUUAAAUAUAGGACAGUUGUUGAUUUUAUAGCCACGUCUUAUAAGAAGGAUGCAUUCAUAGAAAAAAUGCAAUCCCUCAAGAAGCAAUAUGAAUACAACAAGUGCUUUUGGUUAAUGGAAAGACCAACAGUGAAUGCUUCACCAAGUAUUGAAGAGAAGAAGAAAAAUGUGUAUGUGGCUGUGCACAGUUUGGGUUUGCAUCUACAGGCUGCCCUGGCAAGAGUGCAGAGUCUUGAAUCAGACUAUGAAAGAGAAAAUGACACAUCAGGACUGUGUGAACCAGAGUCCCUUGAAGCGUUUCCUUCCUACGAACACUUCAAGGCACAGCUGAAUGCUCUCAGGCUGGAACUGGAUUCUUGCCAGGGCUGCAUAGAGGAGGCAGAGGUCAGAGCUGCUAGGAAGUAUGGAGCUGCCAGUGAGAGUAAUGAGCAGAAGGCAAGUGUUCAGUAUACAGCUAGUGAGGAUGAACAAGUUGAGCAGGUCACCGCAGCAAAGCCGCCUGCCAUACUGCUGUACGACCAGCAGAUAGCGCCUGCCGAGGAUGAAGUGUUUGAGGCUGACGUGAACGACAGGCUGUCGGAUGAGGAGGCCAGUGUGCUGGACGACGACACGUGGUGUACAGACGCCAGGAAGGAGAAACAGAUGCUUCGGCAGCAGAAGGAACAAGGAAAGAGAGUCCUGAGGGAGCUACAGCCGAUCCUGGUCAGCCGGCGCAAGAUGUGGGAGGAAAGGGAGAAGGUUGCCUUGGAGAAGCUGCGCACUAGACCAGUGGAGCAGAACAUUGUGAAGGUUAUAGAGAAGGAGGAUGGGACCCAAAGGAAGGAGAGUGCAGAUGAUCAAACUGACAUUGCACCUGUAAACACUGAGGAGCUUAACACUGCAGCACUGAGAGGGGUUGGGCCACAAGUACCCAUCCAGGCCAGUGAGAUUGGUGUGGAGGAUGAGGUGGACAGUGACGAGGAGAGGCUCGCAGCGUACAAGAAAAUAAGACAAGAACUGGAUGAAGAUGAAGAAGAGAGAAUAGUGAAUGAAGUAAGACUGAAAGCAGCAGCAUUACAUUCAUAUUCAGGUGAAGGUGAGAGACCUUUCCUGAGCAGCUUGCGCAAAAGGAAAAACAUGAUCGGUGACUGCGGGGACUCUGAUUCUGGGGAAGAGACUGUGAGUGUCCCGAGACAGAGACCUCCUGUAGAUUUUUGUUGGGGUGAUGAUGAGAGGGAAAGAGACUCAUCGUGUGAAGAAAUGAACAAAGUAGAGGAAGAAACCUUCACCCACAAUGAGAACAUGAAGGACGACGAAUCACGGCAAAUUGACUGGACCACCUUUGCCCUACCCACCCACCACACUGCCUCCCUGGAUGACCGCCUAAACCUGUACUCUGGGAGUUCCUGCCUCGGCUUCCAGGCAGAGGUGGCAGCCCAGGCAAGUGCAGCCUCCAAGAAUUUCUGGAUGGCAUCAAAGAAGCUGGAGGAAACCUUUGGUGGGACCGGUGAGGGAGAGGUGUUCGGCGACAGCAGUGAAGACGAAACGGACAAAGAUACUGAUGAUGAAAAGUGAAAGGUUGUUUUGGUAACCUAUUAUAAUCAGUGCGAGUCAGUAAAGCACAGCCAAUACUUCUUGGGUAGCAGUGCUGAGGAUCCAAUACUUCUUGGGUAGCAGUGCUGAGGAUCAUUGGUAUCAUUGCCAAAACCUUUGUAACCUGUCAACUGUGCUUGUGCUCUUGGAAGAAUAUUUGCCAUAGUCUCUCACUCCAGUACACUUCACCUGCCUGUGUGAUGCCCAGACCUCAAGAACUCGCCCAGCCUCCCCUCCUUCACUGUACUGAGAAGUAGACAUCCAUAUGAGAUCAAGAAGGACCAGCAGAGGGAUGAGUUUUUCCACAGAGAUCAAAAGAAGGACCAGCAGAGGGAUGAGUUGGACCAGCUAAGGGACAAGUCUUGUCUGCACCACAGCCAGAUCACCACUACCCACUUGUAAAAAAUGGCUCCACCCUGUGUAAAGACGGUGUUGGGGAGGGGUACAGGAAAGAUGGUUUCCUCCCCCUGGAGGGGUACAGGAAAGAUGGUUUCCUCCCCCUGUCUGCUGGUGUUGGGGAGGGGUACAGGAAAGAUGGUUUCCUCCCCCUGUCCAGGAGUGGGAUAAUGUAAGCUGCUUCCUACUUUUUUUUUAUUGAAGGACCGGUGCUAUAGUGUUGUAAAAUCACUUCCAUACGAACCUGUGGUGCUUCUGGGAUAUGUUGUGUGAAGGGGGUUGCUGUGGGGCAAAUGGUAGUAAAACUACUAUCUUUUUGGUAGGGGAGGGCACUAGAGCUGUGGAAUCCGUCUAUACAAUCUUGUGGGGGCGGGGGGAAAGGCAGUCUGAUAACCUUUGUUUUGGGCGCGGGUGGUGGGGGCAGUGUGAUAUAGUUGGGAGCGGUUGUAUAGUAGACAUUACAAAAGCCAAAUGCUGGGCUGGGGACUCGAGGGGGAAGGGGCAUGUGUAGGUAACUCGUGGUGGUGGUGUCUGUGCCACCCGACUUUGGACCUGGCAUUGGUGUUUCAUAGGGUCCUAAUAUUCUCCGUACUAUAAGAGCUUCCACUGCCCAAAACUUUACUGUCGUAAUGCACAAGGGAGGAAAAUAAAACCCGUACUGUAGUGAAACUAAAACGUAAGUAAGCAUUUCGAAGUGUUCUUUUAGAAUGUACGUUAUUACCAGCUUUUUAUAUAGUAUUUAUACACUACAAAUAAAA